AUGUGCGGCGAUAUCCCUUCUCGUGCCAGCAAAGGCGGUUUAAUCGCUGUAAUACGGCCUUAUGAAGAGUUAUCAAGAAAUAAUAAUAUGGGCGAAUUCAGGAUCUUAUUCAACAACAAUAGCGAUGGCUCAAAUCACACCCAAGCCACAUUCGAUGCAUCAGAUGAAGCCACCCUUAAAACUCUACAAAACCAUCCGUUUCUCAGUCUUCAAAUCGAGAAAUCCGGUGAUCUCUCAACACCACUGCCUUCUGAACCACUCCAUUCUUUCAAACUCAAUGCAGCGCAACAAACGAGUAUGGAAUUCGAGUUACCAUCUAAACUCGAUCUAGGAGUAUCUAAUUUAGGUAUUGUGGGACGAUUAGUGACAGUUCUGUCGGCUGGUAGUAGUAAUGGAAUGGGACAUGUUCUUGGGAGGGGUGUUGUUGGGUGGAACUAG